CCACCAUACAGCGGGCAUACUUCACUGAUACGAGCCCGCGAUCUUUCCUAUCACAGUCAGUUCCUCGCUUCCUCGCUUCCUGUAGAAACAUCGAGCAACAUGGCACGAAAUUAUUUCAAGUUCAGUUUACUUUUUUGGACUUUGUUCUUAAUCAUUCUUCUGCAAAACAGUUGUCUUGGAAAGGACAAGAAACCGGAUCCAAAGAAUAAAAAGGAAAAAAGCAGCAAAAUCGGCAAAAAUAUUCUGGACUACAAUGAAGCAGAUCUGUACAAGUUACUCGACCAAUGGGAAGAAAAUGAUGAAGAUAUUGAUGAAGAGGACCGUUAUGAUGACCACGAUCCUCGGAAACCUCCGCCACCAACAGGUGGUUUUGAUCCACUGCAAUUUAAAGGUGACCCCAUGGCUCUACUGAAACAAUCCAAGAAGGGAAAAGUUGUUAUGUUGUUUGUGUCAGUAGCAGGUACACCAAGUAGGAAAGACACAGAGCAGAUUACAGCACGAUGGCAGACAAGUCUAUUCAAUGCGCAGUUUCAGGUUGAAAGGUACCUUGUGUCAGAUGAUCGAGCUCUGUUUAUGCUAAAGGAUGGUAGUCAUGCUUGGGAUGUCAAAGAUUUCUUGAUUACUCAGCCAGACUGCAAACUGGUUGAAUUUGACAAUCAGCAGUUUCCUGGAGCUGGAGCAAAACAGAAAUCAGCAAAAACAGAACUCUGACGAGUCAUACCUUUCGCCAACCCUACCUACUAGUUACUGUCGAGUUUCCAUUUUAUAAACCCCUGAAAGCAGUGACCCUCUGAGAGUAGCGUAUGAUAACAGUGCAUGUUUACCUUUUUACCCAAUAAAUUGGUGCCCUUAAAUAAGAGUCUGAAGUUUUCAACUUGAGUAAAACCUGUUUUGUGUACAUGUCCAUGUAGUUAGUAGCUUGUAGUGUAAAUGAGUUAUUUCUAAACUGUCAGUUAAUACUGACAAAUAUGUUCAAAACAAUCUGCUCAGUUUUAAGCCUCUCAGUAUAAAUAGCAAUAUUUUGGCUCAAGAGUAAUAUUUAUAUACAGUAGCAACUCAUUUUUACUGUAUUUUAUUCAACUAACUUGUACAAACAUUGAGUCAGAUUGUGAUAUAGUUAGUACUUAAAGAUGCGAAACCAUUUGAAGCAGUUGGACAUACCUGUGUCAGAAGGCAUGUAUUUAACUCAUAACAAGCCAGAAUAAUUACAAUUAAUUUGUAGUUGUCUGAACUGGUGAAUGUGUUUGUUUGUCUUCUAAGAAUGGUUUGGUUUGCAAAAAAUAGAGAUUAUAUGGGCCUAUUAAAUUUGAAAUAUAAUGGCAUGUAAUGGAGGGUUAUAUUUCUUAAGUAGCAUCAUCACAAUGGGCAUAGCUGUUGUUUGUAGUAGAGGUACGUUUUUGUAAGUAGCGUCUACCAACUUGUUUUUCAAGGCUAAAUAGACCAUUUUACAGUAUGUUGUCUGCUCAGUGACCUGGCCUUUGAAUGGCAGCGAGGCUGGAGGUGACCUUGCUUUGAUAAAGACCUCUCUGCUUUUGUCAUAUAAUUGCAACCAGCUAGCAUUAGUACAACUUGAUUUUCACAACAAAAGCAGUGAGGUCUGUAUCAAAACAAGGUCACCUCCAGCCUCGCUGCCAUUCAAAGGCUAGGUCACUGAGCAGACAACUGUAAAAUGGUCUAUUUCACAUUUCAACAGAAGCUUAAAAACUAUCAACUGAAAAUUUAUAGAACUAGCAAUACAUUGUUGCACUUUGUGGAAAGGGGUGGAACAUGUUGAAGAUGGGUAGAAAUGGCAAAAUUGGAAAUCUAUUGAUUUCAAAAUGGAAAAGUUUCAAAAUGUUGUGAGUUAUAAGACAUGUUAAAUCAAUAGGUCAUUUUACAAACCUUACUAUACGUCAAUUGUAAUGUUGGAUGUAUGAAAUUGCUUCAGUCUGUAUAACUUAGUUUAAAUAAUUUAGGACAAAUUCAUCAAUCUAUCUUAAAUUGUUGUAAUUUUGCUACCUGUAAUUAAAAUUUGAUUUUCCAGUAA